GCUUGUUGUUGUGCAGGCCAAGAUGGCGGCACAGGCGGCGGCGGCGGCGCAGGCGGCGGCGGCGGCGCAGGCGGCCGCGGCUCAGGCGGCGCAGGCCGAGGCAGCGGAGUCUUGGUAUCUGGCUCUCCUGGGUUUCGCCGAGCACUUCCGAACAUCUAGUCCGCCCAAGAUCCGCUUGUGCGUCCAUUGCCUGCAGGCCGUGUUCCCCUUCAAGCCGCCUCAGCGGAUCGAGGCCCGUACGCACCUGCAGCUCGGCUCCGUGCUUUACCACCACACGAAGAACAGCGAGCAGGCGCGCAGCCACUUGGAGAAGGCGUGGUUGAUAUCACAGCAAAUCCCACAGUUUGAAGAUGUUAAAUUUGAGGCAGCAAGCCUGUUGUCAGAACUGUAUUGUCAAGAGAACUCUGUGGAUGCAGCAAAGCCGCUGCUGCGGAAAGCCAUCCAGAUCUCACAGCAGACUCCAUACUGGCACUGUCGCCUGCUCUUCCAGCUCGCUCAACUGCACACACUGGAGAAGGACCUGGUAUCAGCCUGUGACCUCCUGGGCGUGGGAGCUGAGUAUGCCCGAGUGGUGGGAUCUGAAUAUACACGGGCACUAUUCCUGCUCAGCAAGGGGAUGCUGCUGUUGAUGGAGCGCAAACUGCAAGAAGUGCACCCACUGCUCACACUGUGCGGGCAGAUUGUGGAGAACUGGCAGGGCAACCCCAUCCAGAAGGAGUCACUACGUGUCUUUUUUCUGGUGCUGCAGGUGACUCACUACCUGGAUGCAGGACAGGUAAAGAGCGUCAAGCCAUGCCUGAAGCAGCUGCAGCAGUGUAUCCAGACCAUCUCUACGCUACACGAUGAUGAGAUCCUGCCCAGCAACCCUGCUGACCUCUUCCACUGGCUGCCCAAGGAGCACAUGUGCGUGCUCGUCUACCUGGUCACAGUGAUGCAUUCGAUGCAGGCUGGCUACCUGGAAAAGGCACAGAAGUACACAGACAAGGCACUCAUGCAGUUAGAGAAGCUUAAGAUGCUGGACUGCAGCCCCAUCCUGUCAUCCUUCCAAGUGAUCCUGCUGGAGCAUAUCAUCAUGUGCCGGCUCGUCACAGGACACAAGGCCACUGCACUACAAGAGAUCUCCCAGGUUUGCCAGCUGUGCCAGCAAUCCCCCCGGCUUUUCUCCAACCAUGCUGCCCAGUUGCACACGCUGCUGGGCCUGUACUGUGUCUCCGUGAACUGCAUGGACAAUGCUGAAGCUCAGUUCACUACAGCCCUGCGGCUUACCAACCACCAGGAGCUGUGGGCCUUCAUCGUGACCAACCUUGCAAGUGUGUAUAUACGGGAAGGAAAUAGGCACCAAGAGGUACUGUACAGUUUACUUGAGAGGAUAAACCCAGACCACAGCUUCCCGGUGAGCUCACACUGCCUCCGAGCAGCAGCCUUCUAUGUGAGAGGCCUCUUCUCCUUCUUCCAGGGCCGCUACAACGAAGCCAAGCGAUUUCUUCGAGAAACUCUAAAGAUGUCGAAUGCAGAGGACCUGAACCGCCUCACAGCCUGCUCUCUUGUGCUGCUGGGCCACAUCUUCUAUGUGCUGGGAAAUCAUAGGGAGAGUAACAACAUGGUGGUACCUGCCAUGCAACUGGCCAGCAAGAUCCCAGACAUGUCUGUGCAGCUGUGGUCAUCUGCCCUCCUGAGAGACCUAAACAAGGCAUGCGGGAACGCCAUGGAUGCCCACGAAGCUGCACAAAUGCAUCAGAACUUCUCACAGCAGCUGCUGCAGGACCACAUUGAGGCUUGCAGCCUCCCAGAGCACAACCUCAUUACGUGGACAGAUGGCCCACCCCCUGUGCAGUUCCAAGCUCAAAAUGGACCCAACACCAGCUUGGCCAGCCUUCUGUGAGGACCCUAUGGCCUGUAUCCCCACCUUGGACCCAACACUGGAGCUCUCUGGGAACAAAACAACCAGGGUGCCCACCAGCCCCUCACCAUUGUACAGAGCUGAGUUCCAGGAGUACUGGUGCCAUCAUAUGCCUCUGAGGGUGACAGCCACCCCGCCCGUGCCAUCUCCUGGAGGGAACUGUUGGCCUAAUCUGUGUCUGGGUGUCACCUGUGAAGAACAGGGUGACAGUGUGUGCGGGGGCAUCAUCUUACUGCUCAACCAAACCCAAGUGCAACUGCACAAAGUAGCCUCCAACCCAGGGCAAGCCGAGGGGAGAACGAUGCCCCUCACUUUCCUCAGCUGCUGUUCUUCCAGUGUCCCUGCGCUCAGGGACUUCUGAGGACCUGGAAGUCAGCCUCUCAGCCUGAGUGUGCCUGGAAGGUGACCCUGGUGCAAGGGAGGAGGUUGGAAGGAGGUAUGCAUGUGCAGUUGAUGAGGCUGAGAUGUGUCUCUCCACCUCAAGAAGCUCCUUGCUCAUAUUCAGCAUUGCCUCUUGGCCCUGCCUAGGCAGUAGGCAGAAGUCCCAUUGGACCUGAAUGAAGGGGCUUCCUUCCUGGCAGCUAUGUGGCCUUCCCAUAGAGGACAGUUAUGGGACCAGCUCAGCUCCUGUUCUUGGCUUGAGGGCUCCCCUGAGGGUGACAGUUGAUGGCAGGAGACUGUGAUUCCUGCCAGCUUGUGGUAUCUAGGCAGGUGCUCCCUUUGGUGAUGAAAAGUGGCACCGUGAAGUCUACUUCUCAGCUUCAGAAUCCAUGACUGAAGGGACAAGGCUCCAAGGCUUUCAUGGACAUUCUCACUGAGCCAUGUGGCAGCUACUGCCCACGGCCAGGUGCUCCCAGCCCUCUGUCUUCCUCCAGCCCUUUGGGUCCCAGGGACCUACCCUCAAUAUCUGCCGAUCUCACAGCCCUGCCUAUUUAUUUAAGCUUUUUUUUUUUUUUUUUUUUUUUUUGGCUUCUAGGGCAUUUUGUACAUAGAGCAGUUCAAACAAGAACCUCUCGACUUGACAUCUCUCCUGAUGUUAGAGUGCUUUUACUGUCCACAUCUCAGGCAUGUGAAAGCUAAGGGUGGGGUCAUGUCGAACUCCAUGAUCAGUGUUGAGGGUUCCACUCAAGUGAAAUGACAAUGAUCCCAGAGCAGUCACAACAAUGUCUAAUAGCUAAAGAUUGAGAGAAAAGCCUCAAGGGGGCCAGCACAAGAGGGUGUUAUAGCCCAGGAGUACCAAAAGCCAGCCACAAGGCAGGCUAGGAUGUAGCCCUGUAUGUAGCUGUGAACUCCUGAGCCACACCUGGCACUUUUGAGUGAAGGAAGGCAUGUUGUGAGUGUGUUGAAAAGGAUUUUAAAAACGUAGUAUGAUUGUAUGGUUUUAGGAGCCUGUACUUUUAAUCAGGAACUUAACUGUAAGCUGAGAGCUUCAUUAAGACUGUUUGCUCGUCUCUUCCUGUAGGGCCAGUACUUCCCAAGUGCUGGGAUCACAGGCAAAUCCUACCAUGCCUGGCUCUUGGAGUUUGGCUUUGGAGUUUUGAUUGGAAGGGAGCAGUGUUUCGAUCUUCUUUUUUUUUUUUUUUUUUUUUUGAGACAGUAUCUCUUGUUCAUGGAUGACUUUGAAUUCUAAUUCUGUGCCCACCAGCCUAGUACUGGGAUAAAAGGCAUGUGCCACUGCACAGGUUUUACCUGGUGCUACUAGGCUGACAUUUGGUCAGCUGAGCCAUAGUUUUGUCCUGUGAUCCCCUGUCUUAAUACAACAUUUGGUUUGAACCCUCUGUGAAUGGCAUACUGCCCUUCAGUUCCAGCACACAGCCCCUAGACAGUCUUGCUCCUGUGCCCAGGUAACCCUCUAGUCUCCAAGUUCCUGCUGGGUGUGGUGGUGCACACCUCUACUCCCAGCACUUUUUAGGCAAAGGCAGGUAGAUGUCUUGAGUUUGAGACCAGCCUGGUCUACAGAGUGAGUCCAGAACAGCCAGGGCUCUGUUACACAGAGAAACCGUAUCAAAAAACAACAAAAAGGCAGAGAGCAGCUGGAUAUGGUGACUCACACCUGUCAGCCCAGCUUUUGGGAGGCUGAAGUGGGAGAAACACUCCAAGUUCCAUGCCAGCCAAGGGCUAUUUGCUGAAAUAUUAAUAAGCCAAUAAAAGAAUGCCUGCACCAA